UAACAUGAGCUGCGUUUUCAUUUUUAUUCUGUUCAUUUCAAAUGUCAUUUCUCACUCAGCAUACAGAAAGUUAAGUCUUCAAACUGGAGCAUCUGUUACCAUCCCAUGUCCUUAUGAUAGGAAAUAUAUACAUCAUAAGAAAUACUGGUGCUAUCAUGCUGCUGCAGCAUACAAUUACUGCACAAUUCAGGCGUAUGCCAACGAUACACAGGGGAAAGUGACAGUAACUGAUAAUCCAGCUGAGAGUCUCUUUACUGUGACUAUGAAAGAUCUCCAGACAGGAAACACUGGAUCAUACUGGUGUGUUGUAGAGAUAGAAGGAAUAACACAUGAUGUUAUAGAACAACUUUCUAUCACAGUGAAAGCAGCUCCUGAUCUGUCUGUGAGGGAGAGCAGUGUGAGUGGUGAUGAAGGAGGCAGCGUCACAGUUCAGUGUCUCUACAGUGCUGCGUAUCAGAACACACAGAAGAAGUGGUGCAGAUUCAGAGACAGAAGCUGCAACUCAGUGACGAGGCCUGACACAUCCCAGAAUUCAGCAGUGAACAUCAGUGAUGAUGGGAAAAGUUUAUUCAGUGUGCAGAUGAGUGGACUGAAGAAGAGUGAUGGUGGCUGGUACUGGUGCAGUGCAGGAGAUCUGAAGGUUCCUGUUCACAUCAGUGUCCAUGAUCCACCUCCAGUUGUAACUACAGGAGUGACUACAAACACUCACCAUGUCACUACACACACAACUGCCUCAAAGCAACACUCAGCAUCUCAAACUGCAGCUUCCAGCAGUGAUGAAACCACAUCUGUCUCGAAGUACAAUUUAGUGCCAUCUAACGCGCCAAUGCAUAACAGCGAUAAAACCAUAUCUGUCUCGAUGUCCAGCACAGCAGCAACUCAGACUGCAGUUUCUAACGGCCAUAAAACUACUGAGAAUGUAGAGGCCCUGAUCUAUGGUUCUUUGGUGGCCUUUUUAUUGUUACUGGUGAUCCUGGUCAUCAGCAUCUGCCUAAAAAGAAAGAAAUGCACAGGUGAGGGUGCCUUCUGGUGGCACAGAGAAUCAGAGAAUCAAAUCAAAACCAGAGAGAGGAUCAGUGACACCACUGUUCAUGCAGCAGAGUGUGAGGAAACAUACAGUUUAAUUGUUAAGAAAAAGUCAAGAAAAAAUACAUCAAAAGAAAAGAGCUUGGAGCAGCCAACAUUUACAGCUGAAGACCCCAUUAUAUACAGCACUGUGACUAAGCCAGAGUCUUCAGCAUUAAAAGAUAACGAUGACGUGACCUACAGUUCUGUAAAAAUUGCUUCCAAAAGUAAAACUGUGUCUACAAAUGUUGUUGAGGGUGAGACCAUCUACAGCAGUGUAGUUUGCCAGUAAAAGAGACUGAUGUACUGUUUGGCUGGAAGGAAACUGUGGGUGGUGCCUCAGGGAUCUCUACUGGGUUCAUGUUCAUCGUACAUCAUAGUCGCAUGACGCUCAGUUAUUCAGAAAAGACCAAUUCACUGCUAAUAACAAUUCCAUAAUCUAGCAUCCUAUAUAUUACUAUAUAUGUUCCUAUAUAUUAAUUACAUUUGUGUAUAAAUGCAAGGAUUGAAAUGAAUGUGUCUAAUGAAUAUUAUUAACAAAUAAAGAUUACAGCACAAUGUUGAAUUAUGUACUGUAAUCUGAUGAAUUAAUGUGUCUAGUGGAUGAUCCACAACAUUAAGAUACAUACAUUACAGAAUUCGGCAGUCUUCCUUAUCCAGAGCAACUUUCAAUUAUCUCAUUUUAACAACUGAACAGUUGAGGGUGCUUAAUGGCUCAGAAUGUGCAACUUUGUGUUUCUAGGAUUUUAACUUAUGACCUUCAAAUCAGAAAGCUAACAUCUUACCACUGAGCGAUCUAUCUAUCUAUCUAUCUAUCUAUCUAUCUAUCUAUCUAUCUAUCUAUCUAUCUAUCUAUCUAUCUAUCUAUCUAUCUAUCUAUCUAUCUAUCUAUCUAUCUAAACUGUCUGUCUAUCUAACUGUCUGUCUGUCCGUCCGUUCGUCCGUCAGAUAAUUUACAUUCUCAGCCAGUGGUGAUUUUUCUGUUACACAGCAUGAAGAGCAUUUUUUAGGCCAUUAAAAAAAUUAACCAC